CCAGUUUGGUGGCAGCAGUGGGAUCCAAAGGAGAUGCCUGAUGGCUUCGAGGAUGAGAAACAGUCAUUGGUACCCGCAAAACCUUUGAGUUCUCCAUCUUUUUCACUGUUUCUGAGGGCUGUGGGACCUCUUCCGGAAGGUGAUGCCCUCUCCGUGCCUGGGAUCCACCUGGGGCAAGAGGAGCAAGCCCGAAAUGAACACCAGACACCCACCGUCCAGGCCACCGUCGACCACGUCAGAAGUGUGGCCAGCUUCGUCAUCACCCCCUGCCUCGGGGACCCAAGCAUGACAGCCCAGGACAGGGCGAGGGUGGUGGAGUGCUGGAUCCAGGUGGCCCAGGAGUGCGAGAUCCUGAAGAACUUCUCCUCGCCCCGCACUGUCAUCUCUGCUCUGCAGAAAACCUCCACAAGCCACCUGAAGAACACACGGGGGAAGUUUCCCGGAGGGGCCCUUCACGGUUGCCCCCCCAGAGAGCAACCCCCAGAGAGUGCAGGAGAAGCAGGAGCAGCAGCAGGAGAAUGAGAUCAACCUUGAGAAGAGGACUGAGGAGCAGCUGUGGCACUCCCUGCAGGGGAGGGGAAAGAGGAAUACCGAGUCAUGAGGAAGAUCCUGCUGCUCCAGGAGGCUGCCAAGAAUUACAACCUAGAACCCGAGGGAGCGAUUUGCGGCCUGGCUCCAGGACAUGCAGUUGCUCAACGAGAAUGAGAGGUCAAAGACCAAGGGAAGAGGUCAUCAAGAGGUCAAGUCUAAUCUACCUAUGGAUGUGGCAGCCUUAACUAUGGAUGUUCAAACCAGACAUUGCCAGCAGAACCACAUCUCUUCACCCAUAGCACGGACUGUAGGAGAAAGCCCAGAGGAGCAAUGAAGACAAAGAAGACAUAACACCUGCAAAAAGUCAGUGGAGUAUUUCUCCAUAACAAACCUUCCAGGUGAGUGACGGUCAGUAUCUUCCACUGCUCCAGCUCUCACAAUAAACCUAGAACCUGCCCUGGGUAAGCUGGAGGACCACGCCUGACUAGUCCACUCCCUGCAUGGGGCCGGUUUGUGCAGGGUGACUGUCAUCAAGCAGACAAUGGACUCAGG